AUGCCGAAAUUAAGCAAUUCCGUUAGAAAAGCCUCCGUCUUCGGUCACCACGUUCGAAACCAUACCGACUUAAUUAUCGUUAUAUUUGAUGGUGGUAACAUUGUACCAAGACCUUUACCUCCACCCGAGGAGUUUGAUAUCAAUAAUGGAGGACGUCCCAAUUUUUAA